UAAAUUUAUUAAAGUUUUUAUAUUAUUCUACUUUAAACAUUUUUGAUAUAUAAUCAAAAAACAAGACUGCGUGUACUAAACAAUAUGGACGACGACGUGCUGGAAAUUAAAAAUAAAAUUACAACUUUAGUUAAUCUUGGAAAAAAUGACACCACUGAAGCAAUGACCAUUAUUAAAUUUCUACGUAAUAUUUGUGGUCGCGGGCUUCGAGUACAAAAUAUUAUAAUGGAAAACGAAGAACUACACAGCGUCUUACGGAAAAUAUUCCACAUAGAUUGUGAAGAAGAUUGGCCAGAAGAUGCACAAUUAAAAAAAAUGUCAUUACAAUUAUUAUCAAAUUUAAUUGUACAAAAUAGCAAUAAUCAGCAGUUAGUUUGGAAACGUUAUGGAGCCAUGAUUGUUGAAUCCUCUACAAACUGUCCAUUAAAUGAGUACCUAAACGUACAACUCAUGAUCUUAUACAAUAUAUACAUUGGUAAUACUCAAUCACUAACUGAUAUUGAAGUAUUAAAAAUAAUAUUGAAAAUUUGGGAUAAUAUAUAUACACAAAAAUAUGAAAAGGACGUUGAAUGUCUACAUUUCUUUUUUGAACAUAUUUUAGUGACUGCACCAAUGACUACAGCUAAAUGUUAUGAUAAAUUACAAAUUAAAGAACGCAUAUCAUUAUUGGAUUAUGUGCUUACUUAUAUAUCACAUAAAAAUCCCAAUGGCAGUAUAGACUUUAAGGUGCUACAAACAUUUUCGAAGAAAUUCAAACUCAAAGCCGAUACAUUCCUACGUGUAGCACAAACAAACGCAUCUGAUAAUCAUCCACGUGAAAUUUAUAUGUUACUGAAAGUAAUUGCCACCACCAGUGGUGAUGAAAUAUAUGCACCAUCUUAUAGUAAAGAUCACUCACUUUUUAUAAGUGCUUGCUAUUUACUGCGUAUAAUACUUGAUGCUGGUAAGAGCUCAGAACAGAAUAUUUUUACGCCAAUGAGCAAAUUGGAGGAGGUUGCUACGACAUCCAAUAUAUCUACUGACUUCGAAAAUGAAGUCAGUUAUGAACUGAAAACAUUACUUGUACGUACGAUAGCAAAUCUACUACAUGAGAAUCAACAAAACCAGGAAUACUGCAUAGACGUGCAACUUCUUCCUCUAUUGUUUGAGUGCACAAAUAUGGAUGCUCGUAAUCCUUUAAUGAAGGAAUGGAGUAUAAUUGCAAUUCGUAAUGCCUGCCUAGGUUGUACUAAGGCCCAAGAUAUCAUAGCCAAUCUUAAACAACAAAGUGUUGAACAAAAUGAUAGUGUCGUGGAAUUUGAAAAUGAGGCACGAUCCACCUAUAAAUGUGACUUCCACGAAUAAAAUGUUAUAUUUGUAGUUCGCAAGCAGGAGAUGUGCUUCUGAGUCUAUAUCAACACAUACCUAUCUACGCUUAUGUGUUUGACAAUGCCUAAAAUAAUUACGAUUGCCAAAAAUUUAUGGCGCAGCACUACACUUGGGAUAGCCUGCCAUUGGCACUCUUCAGUCUUAACAAGUGGUUUGCAAUUUUGACGUUUUCAUAGAUGAGCAUUUGCAGUUUCAUUAAAAUUUAAUUUGCAAAUGAAAGAAGAUGUGCGAAAAGUGUGUGUAUCUUACCCUGUGGUGAAAUUAUUUAA